GAGAUAUUCCUGACUCGAGUUUUGGUCAUGUUUUGAUCAUUCUACAACGCUUCGUGUAUCGGUGCAAUCCUCUACUGGAACCUCAACUUAGCCAUACAUUUGUAUUCUAUGGAGCACCUUACCAGCACAUUUCAACCGGAAACUCUCCAGGAAAUCUUUAAGUUCGUGUGGGCUCAAACUGCAAAAAAACGGUCGAAGGAGGACUCAGAUGAAGCAGACCCUGAGGUUGCCGCAGCAGGUGCAGGUCCUUCUAAAAAAUCUCGGGGAACAAAUAUCAAUUCAGAUGCCUUGAAACUGAGUUGUGAAUACCUCCGCCUUUUCGUUACUGAGGCAGUGGAAAGAGCAGCAUUGGUUGCUGAAGCUGAAGGAUGCACAACAAUCGAGGGAACUCACUUCGAAAGGAUCCUGCCACAACUACUGCUAGAUUUUUAAAACUGCGUCGGUUUUGGUGAUUCCAUUUUGCCUGACCAUCCUGUUAGACAAUUCAUAGUAAAUUGUUGAACUUAGGGCUCUGUCAUGUACACGAAUAUGAAACAAAUUUGUCGUUUUAAAAGAUGCUUCUAAAAUACAUGAGCUUCACCUUGAAUGAUGCUCAGGUUACCAAAU